ACGGAACCGGAAUUCUGGCAAACGUGGAAAGAGUUCGAGGUUGCCCAUGGGAACGAGGAUACGUUACGUGAGAUGCUCCGGAUUCGGCGUAGCGUGCAAGCCACCUACAAUACGCGAGUUAGCUUUAUUGCCAAUCAGUUGCAAACGAGUUCGACGGAAUCGGCCACUGUCCCGACCAAUGAAAUGCAAAAAUUGGAACAAGUCCAAGAUUCGAGUGAAUCCGGUAAACCCACUUUGGCUGGUCGUCCUAUGGUCGUGUUCCAGUCGGCUGGAAUCAGACAACUCGGUCUGGAUAGUCAAUUGAAACAAGAUCAGACCCGGUCGACAACUAAAAACAAGGAAGCGAUCAAUAUUGAUGAUCUGGCUGGAGAGGACGAGGAUGAUGAUGAUGAUGCAGGGAGCAGUCGCGGCGGCCCGCGGUUCCGGCGGGAUGAUGACGAGACCGACAUGGACCUGGAUCUGGAAAAGCAACCGGUCCCCUCUGCCGUAUUCGGGAGUUUGAAGGACGACAACGAUGACUGA